AUGGAUCGGCCGUGUCUUUUCUCUUCUUCCGGUGCUAGUCGGGAGGAGGCGCUCAGCGUGGCUGCAGAGGCUGUUUGGUACGCAUCGGCCGUGGCGGACAUACUCGCGCCACCUUCCCCUUUGCUCGAGGCUGCGGUGCUUCCUUGUGAAGCCUUUGACGCCUUCUUCCCCCCCUCUCAGGCUCGCUCGUGGAUCUCCUUGCGUCCACCGCGUGGCUCUCACACAAAACGCAGCCAAGGCGAAUCAGGGGGUACAGUGCUGCCACCAGGAGAGACUCGACUAGAGGUUGCUUUCCACGUUUGUGACAGUGGGGGGGCGUGUAGCCAACAAGCGGACUGUGGUGGAGAGUUUUUGCAUGCAUCCACUGCGGAGGAAGAAACAGGACUCGGCAAUGAAUGGGUUGGGGUCAGCUUAGACGAUCUUUUCAGACACCUGGCUGUGUGCCAGUGCAAGCAGAAGAGCAUGUACGCCGUCGCUUUGUCGCAGCUGCGCUGUCUUUCACACGACAAACGGCGCCUUCCCCCAGCCGAACAAGCUUCCCUGGAGCGAGAUCAGAUCAGGUGGGCACGCCUGGCCCUGCUAAUGAACGGAUGCGCCCCUUUGCCUCUAGCGGUUGCUGAGGAGUGCGUGCGCAUGCGUCAACAAGAGAUACAGGAACGCGGUGACCAGGUGGCCGAGCUCGUCAUCGGCGCCGCUAGCCAGAGACUGAGGAGCGGAACACAUGACAGUGAGAAAGAGGUGGACUGCUCAUGCGAGCUGACGGAUGCGGAAGACGCUGAAGCAGUCUCAGCUACAACUAGAUUGGCAUGCCACGCCACGGGAGCGCAGAUGGGCGAAUUCAGGGAGAAGAGGGAAAGAUGGAAAACACCCCGGCCGAGCCAGUGCGCCUCUGAAUCACAGGAGAAGCGCCAACCACCUCCCGUAGACGUCAGUGGCGUAGUAACGAGAACUGGAGGAGAAGCCACGGGAACCAACAGUCGAUCUGCAUUUUGCCAACUUUUUGAGGGAAUCAAAGAAGAGCUUGCUUUCAGCAAAGUCUUGCUUGAGCUGCACCCCAAAUGCGGAGAGCUAUGGGCUUCACGUCGAUUCGUGUGCCGCAACGUUCUCCGCCUGCUCGAGCAUGCAAUUCGCUCGAGGAGUCGCGUGCGUGGCUUAUCUCCUCCGGCAGGGGUCUUCACACCCCCCUCGAAGGAAUUGAGCAAGCAUCGAUUCAAGACACCUCCUACGUCUCGCGAGGCGCCCGCGUACGAGAAGGGUGUCCUGCCGCGCUGCGUCACAGGGCCCUCUGGCGCGGAAGACUGGCGAACUAGUUCGGGGUGUUCGGUCCUACCCUCUGGACACGAAAACAGAGUGCGCGCGGACGAUAUCGCGAUCCAAGUAGGGGGUGAGACAGAACGCGUCGAGAAAGACCCAUGGUUGGCGGCAGAGCUGGCGGCCUUUGUAGAUGCUGAGCUCGGGAUCGUGGCAGAUCACGCCACUCAGAGACCUCAUAGCUACCACGCGUGGGAACACUUUGCGAAACUUGAACACGAAAUGAAGGCGUUCUGGCGUAGUUGUCAGGCCGCUGCGAGGCAGACGCAUGAGAAAACUCCUAAAACUGCUCUCAUAGGCCAGAUAUGCGGGCGGGAAGGGAUGCUGCUGACAGAUGAAGCCCCAGAGAAGAGCUUCGUAGCGGAGCUACAGGACAGGACUAGGGUGCAAUUUCUAUCUUUCGUUAAAACGCAGUGCGGCCUCCUGGCUCACUCCCAUGCCCCGUUCCACCACAUUUCAAAAAUGUUCGACAGCACACUGGCGUCUGCCUUGUCUUUGGCACAUUCGAAGCCAGUUACGCGCAAGGAGCUUUCUGACAUGUCUUCUCGCGGCGGAGCCAGCGACGGUGCUCCCGUGGCAUCCUUGACGACACUUACGACGCAGAAACUCCGCGCUGCCCGCAGUCUGCUGUCUGACUUUCUCCAGUUCAAUGCAGACGUCAUUAACAUUUUCCCUCACGCGGAGGCUCCAUGGUGUGGACGGGCAGCGCUUUUCGCAGCGUACAUCCGCAGAUGCUUCGUGUGUGCCGGGGAUUUCUCUUUUGAGAAUACGGAUGGCCCUCCAGACUGCGAUGGCAAUCGCAGACACCACGGCGUCUACGAAGGCGUCAGAGCAGACUCGGCUGCAGACGUAGGGAGCCAGUCUCCCUUUUCUUUUGCAGACCAGCAGCUUCGGCCGGCAGACCGUGAUGUGCCCUUUUGUGCUGCGUUCGCGUCCGAGAAGGCUGCGCAUUGCAAAGAAUGUGAAUCUGCCGCGUGCUUGGAUGGUUCCGAAAGCUUCUCGCAGCAUGUCCAAACGCUGAUUCGGGACGAGCUGCUGUGGAGCCAUUCGUUCGUACAGAGGGUCUUGGAGCAGGACAGAGGAAGUGUGAAGGACCACCAGCGAGCGGAAAUGAUCACUCGAUGGCAGGAACGUCACCGGAUUCGCUUGUCGCGAGAGUUGCUGAGGGCAAGUGUUAGUAUGCCAGUUUUAAGUUUUGCAGGCUGA